AUGUGUCGAGCACAAGGAAACAUUGAAGAUAUUUUUGCAGAAUUUCAUGAUGAUUUUAAUGUAGAUGACGAGACAAGUAUUCAAUUCAAUAAGAGACGUAGGCAAUUCGUGAAAGAAUAUGACGAUGAUUUAUUUGAUUUGGAAGAAUGUCUACAAGUAGAUCAGAAUUUAACUGGUGUAACAGAUAACAAACAAGAAAAACAACAAUAUUUAUCUGUAAAGUUAAGUGACCUAGCGGCUUCACAGAAACAAUAUCAACGUACUACUCAAUGGAACGCGACAAAUCGACCCAAAACAGAUAACGUCACUUUCACUCCAAUGAUACCUACUUAUUUAUCACAUGAAAGUAAAGAAUUUGAUCAGAUGAUCCUAGGUCUCCGUCUACAAACUCGCACUUCUAUUUAUACAGAAGAAUUACGAGCGAUUUCAUUUCUUAUUGAUCAACUUCAACGUAUUGAAUUACAAAAACGUCUUUAUACAACAUAUCUCCGUUCUGGUCAAGGUACAUUAGUAGAAAGCAAAGAACCGUCUCUAGAAUAUGGAAUUGCUGUAAAUCGCAUAGCUAUUGAAAGAGAAAUUAUCCGUAUUGAAUAUGAGUUUUUUGAUCGAUUAUGUGAACUUGAAUUUUGUAGUCAAAAUUCAAAUCUAUAUCAAAAACAAUUAUUCGAAUCUCUUACAGAAAAGAAAUUUGUUAUGGAGAAAUCGAAACUAGAACUUGCUCUAUUAAAACAACGUAUCACUCUUCAUUAUCUACCGAAAUCAUUUGAUAAACUCGAAAUAUUGAAACCUACAUCAAUACAUCCAAUCAUAGAUACACAAACAGCUCAAUCAUUAAAAAAUCGAUACGAUCAAAUUUUACAGCGAACCAAAACUGAUUUAAUACAAGUUUAUGUUGACGCUGCUCAAAUUCGAGCAGAUCAGUCUCGCUUCCAGUUUAAUGAUGCAAUGAAUAAAUUAAAAGAAAAUUUCGAAGCAGAUGUCGAUCGAUUUGAUGAUAUCUUUCAUAAAUAUGGUGACGAUAUGGAUGAAGAUGAAGACAAAAAUAUUGAUUUUGAUAAUCUUCAGCAAAGAAUUAUUGAAGAAGAAGAUGAAUACAACAACAAUGAUGGCAUCGAGGACAUAAUUCCAGUUGGAGAGGUACUUGAUAAUGCCUCAACUGUAAUUGUAGUAGAUCUUACAGGCGAAGAGGAUACUUUGUCUCAAAAACUUAGUCAACUUCCAGCUUGCAGUGAAGUAAAGGUGAUGACACAUCAGGAACAAUCGAAUGAAUCAAAAAGUAAAAAGCGUCCCGUGUUAACACCAACCACACCAACAACGACUUCACAAGUGGUACAAACAACCAAGAAGCUCAAAACAAGUGAUGAUAAAGAGCAAUCCAAUUGUACUUUACCUCAAUAUCUUUCACCGGCGAAUGAAGAUUUUGAAAAAAAAAUGACUACUGUUCUUCGAAACAUACCUCAUUCUUCUAUUAGUAUGGAAGAUUUACGGCAUAUUGCACAUCUUAUACAUAACAUUGAAGUUGCUGAACAUGAUAAAUCUUUAUGGACAGCAUUUUUAUUAUUCGGUACAGGUAAAAUGACAAAGCAGGCGUCAUCUAAAUCUUCGAAAGUAAUUACUACAGCGACAACAUCAAACGAGUUUAAUAUCACUUCGAAAGUUUUAUUCUGGUCUGAACAAGUUAAAUCGAAAAUGAAAGCUGAUGGUGAUACAGUCGCGACAGAUUCAAAUGCUGAUGAUCAUAAUGCUUGUCUCAAAUAUGUUGAAGACGUUUUAAAAAAAUAUGACAAGCAAAUUGUCGAUUAUCAAGCUCAAUUGAAACAAACAAAGGAGCAUUUUAUGAAUAUUUUCACAAGCGAAAUGGAAGAAGUUGUUAUAAAAUUUGUAUUACGUUAUGGUGUUUCUUUACAUAAAAUAAUUAUUGAAAAUGAAAUAGCUGCUGUUGAACAUAGUUAUAAGGAUCAUUUAAUUCAGUUAGAAUUUUAUAGUGAACAACCUAAUACUUAUCAGAAAGAAGUAUUCGAAAAUCUUACAACAGCCAGACGUGAUAAAGAAAUGGCGAAACUUGAAGUUGCAAUAUUAAAACAAUGUGUUAUUCAUAAUCAUUUACCAAAAUCAUUUCAAUCACUUGAUAUACCUACAUCCAUAUCAUUGAAUAGCAUUAAUGACCUAAGAAUUCGACAACGCUUAUAUGAAAAAUGUCAAAAAAUUUUACAAAGAACAAAAUCUGAAAUGAUGUUAGUUUAUAUUGAUCUAGCAGAAACUAAAAUGAAUGAAACAAAAGAAAAAUUUAAUAAAGUGAGGAUUGAUAUGCAACAUAUACAACAUUCAGGUCCACCUACUAAACGAUUAACUGAAAAUAUGAUAUCUAUUAUGGAAAAACGCUUUAAGAAUAUCAAUGAACGUCUUCUUCAUCUUUAUAAAAUGAAACUACAUUAUUUCGACGUAGCUCCGAUGCUUCUACUUAGAAGAACAGCCGAUGAUAAGAAUACAUAUUAUCUUGGGCAAUUGGAUGAAUUUCAAGAAAAAUCAAAUGAAUAUAUUGAAAAUUCAAAUUCUUAUGAAUUUAUUGCUAUAAUUGACGAAAAUCAUACAGAAGAACAACAAUUGAAGAAAAUUAUGCAAGCCCUUGAUGUAGAAUUUGACAAACUUUAUCAAAGAAAACUAAUUCAUAAAGAUUAUCAAAUGAAAUUUAGUAUCAGUAAAAAAACAAAUAUUAAAUUACCCUAUGUUUAUUUCUUACCAAGGAAAGAUCAAGAUGAUAAUGUAUUGGUUGAACCACGAUUUUCAUCUUUUAAAACUAGUCCAAUUUAUGCGUUGGCUAAUUAUCUUGACGAAAUUCUACGACCAUUAUUUGAAAAUUAUUCAAGUUCAACUACUUCUCUUAAUGGUGGAGAUUUUAUGCAAAAACUUGAUUAUUACAGUACACAACAAAAUUUUCUUAAACCACAAACUAAUUUUGCAACAUUUAAAAUUCAUAAUCUGUCUAUGAAUGUAUCACAUUCUUCACUACUUCGUGCACUAGGUACAUUUCUAGUUAGUCCAUUAGUUGAUAAUCGAUUUUACAAAUUAUCAAGUGAAGAUAUUGAAGCAUUGAUGGCACUUGUCUUAAAAAAUAUAUUCUUUACAUUUAACAAAAAGCUCUAUCGAGUUACAAAAGGCUACCCAUUAAAUUUACCAAUUACAGAUCUAUUAUGUAAUAUUUAUUUACAUGAUUGGCAAACGUCUUUACUUCGACAAAUACAUUUGAAAGAGUUAUUUUAUAGUCGUUAUCAUAAUAUAGGCUUUUUCACUUGGAAUGCUUCAACUGAAUAUCUAGAAAGAUUAUUCGAUGAACUUCAACAAACCUUAGAUUUUGAUAUUAAACUAAUCACAUAUAUUGGCACUCGGGUCGAAUUUCUUAAUGCUGUCAUUGAAAACGUAAAAGGAAUUCUUGAAACACGCGUCUAUCAUAAUCCAAAUGAACAACCAUUUCUAUUACCUUAUGCUGAGAAUCAUCCACGAUUACGACAUCGACAAUGGUUUCGAUAUGCUCUUAUACGUGCUGGUCAAUAUUGUAGUUCAUUUGAAGAUUUUGAAGAUGAAAGACGGUACAUCGAAAUGACAUUUCUAACAAAUGGAUAUUCAUUAGAUUUUGUCGAAUAUCAUCUGCGACAGUUCUAUUCAAUAUUUUUUCGUAGUGAAUAUCGAAUCAAAGAUAUGAAUCGUCAUACAUAUAGAACACUUCGUCGCGAAUUAUUCUGUUUUGUUGAUGAAGAAAAACGGGAACUCAAAGAAGCACAACAGUUACAAAAGAAUCACCUACGAAUUGAUUUACAUUAUUUAUUUGACUGGGGUUCUCGAUGUCAAUUCAAUGACCGAUUCUAUAAACUUUGGUCAAGUGUUACUAAUAAUAAUAAUAAUGGAAAUCAAGAGGGUGUCGCUGGUGUUUCCAUUGCUGUUGUCGGUGGUGGUACAGCAGUUGUUACUGAUGUUUCUAAUAUUGAUGAAACAUCCGGGGAUUGUGAUGUCGCUGCUGAAGCAGCUAUUGUUGUUACAAAUACGGUUGAUGUUUCAGAAUUGGACGAUUACCACGGCAAUGAUGACGAAGAAAAUGAAUAUGAUGAUGAAGAUGAUGAUUAUCCACCACCAGCUAAUCAAAACAACAUUGUACGCUUUUGUCCUGGUGGUUAA